UGUACCGAGCUGCGUGCGAUUCAUGUGGUACUAGCAAGAACAGAGGUCAGGUCUCAAGCCGGGCGCUCAAGGAGCAAUAGGAGACCUAUUAAAAGUUUUAGAUGAUCGAGAGUGCCCAGUGUAGGUCACCGGCUGGCCCAGGGCAAGGUGGGAUUUUUCUCCGGAUGAGUUGCACCAGGGGACCCGAGCGCCGGAGAUAUCCAGGGUGCCGGUGAUAGUGCGCAUCCACCGGGAGCAGCGGUGGGCGGCAGGCGGACGUGCUCAGGGCGCGUUCCGUCCCCUCCUCAUGACAAAGCGGGUGAGGAACUCGGGAGCAAGUUUCCCCCGGGAGUCAAAAUGAUCACGUCGUUUUUCCCCUUGAAGAAACUGCGGCGAAAUGGCAAAUAUCUCCUGCUCGGCGCGAUCCUGCUGGCGGGAUUGGUGGCCGUGUACCACGAGAUGGUUGCUGCAAAAGAAUGGAGCAGUGAUAUGAGUUCAAUUACUGACGCUGACCACGUCACCUGGAGGAGAGCUAUGUUUGAAAAUAUGGCAAGAAAGGACCAUCAGCCAAACACUGUUGGGGACAGCAGUGCUUGGGUCUCCAGUUAUGCUCCACAACCUUGGAAACCAGAGUAUAAGGGACAGGCCAAUCUGCAUGUGUUUGAGGACUGGUGUGGCAGUUCAACGGCCGAUCUUCGCAAAAACCUGCAUUACCCGCUUUACCCUCAUUCCAGAACCACAGUGGAGAAGCUGGCCGUCUCUCCUCAGUGGACCAACUAUGGGCUCAGAAUAUUUGGCUAUCUUCAUCCACAUACUGAUGGAGAUUUUGUGUUUGCUGUGAGCUCUGACGACAACUCUGAAUUCUGGCUGAGCACAGAUGACUCUCCCCUUAAUUUGAAGUUAAUUGCGUGGGUUGGAAUGACGGGAAAAGAAUGGACGGCCCCGGGUGAGUUUGAGAAGUAUUCCAGUCAGACCUCCAGUCCAGUUUGGCUGUCUGCUCAGAGGAAAUACUUUUUUGAAGUUAUUCACAAGCAAAACGACGAAGGGACUGACCACGUGGAGGUGGCAUGGCUGCAAUUGGACUAUAGCAGUCUGUUUAAGGUUAUUGACUCCAAGUACAUCUCCCUCUAUACUAAUGAGUCAGCACUGUCAAUGAAUGAUGUUGCCCACAUACCACAGACAGCUGCGAGCCACCGGCAAACCCCCACAAAGCAGCGCAGUGCUGAUGCAGAUAUGUUAAUUGAAGACCGUCGAGAUUCAUUCUACAAAGUGCGCAUGUUAAACAGCAAGUACCUACAAGGUGUUCUGCCUGACUGCUCAUAUAACCCCUCUUACACAAUCAAAGACUUCCCUUUGCUUCGUUAUCAAGGACUGCAGUUUGUCCACUUGUCCUACAUCUACCCCAAUGACUACACUCGACUAACACACAUGGAGACGCAGACCAGCUGUUUCUACUCUGAGAGCUCUUACUACCUAAAGAGGUUCGGCUUCUCUAGAUACAUGAGAUUUGACCGUCCAGCUACAGAGGAAAAAGUAAAUGCAGACCGAGAUUUUAAUUUCCAGAUGAGGAAUUUUAACCAGGAGGACAAUGACUUUCAUAAAAAAGAAAUGGAAACCAAGCCUGCUCAUGAGGAUAAAGCAAAUCAUCAAGACUAUGGAGAUGAUUAUGAUGAUUAUGUACAAAAACGUAGGCGCAAACUCUUCUCCUUGGUUGUCCCAAAAUCAAACAACACAUUGGGCAACUCUUCAGGACUGCACAGAGGCGGGUUGGGGAAGAGGCAACAUAAAGAAAAUUUGUCUCAGCCCCAGUCAGUGCUAAAGCAAGGCUUAAAACAUAACCUGCAACUGAAUCAGACAAAGUUACAAAAAGAGGAGGGGCAAGUUGUAAAAGCAGAACAGCAGAAAAGCAGAAAACGAGUAAAAAGAAAAAGGGUAAAACCAGUUCAGAGACCAGGACAGAAUAAUCUACCAAUACUGGAUAAUAAAAAAGACCUUAAAGCAAAUCAGCAACCAGUUGUCCAAUCAGAGCAACUUGGUUCUAAACAGGAUCAAAUCCAGAAAUUUGGUAAAAUGAAUAAUACCGAAAUCCAGCAACUCAACAACUCACAGCCUGAAAAACCACCAGUGGCCAAGCAGCGGAGGUUUGUAACCAAACAGAAGGAACUUCAGCUGCCAAACAGCAAGCGUUUUACCCCUCCCAAAAGAGAUUUCAACCACCCAUUAAAAAGAUCAAAUCAAAGGGACUUGGAUGGCAAAACAAGCCCCAAUGAUAAGGAUAUGGAGCUGAAUAUGCCACAACAACAAGAUUUAGAAAACAGCAUUGUUAGAGGUAAGAAGAUUGCUAAAGGGAAUAUUGACAAAAGGUGGUCGGAUGGGAAAGAAGGGGAGGAAGAUGAGCUCUCCAACAGGGCUGAGAAAAGGAAAGACACCACAGAGGGUGAGAAACGCUACUUCUGGGAAAGACGAGAAGACUUUGAAGGUACUGAUGAUGAAGAUCUUACACCUGCACCGGUUUUUGACACUCAAGUCAACUGGAACCAGACCUUCCAUGUCAACCACCUGGAUCUUCAGGCCCAGCGUUCAGAUUGGAUCGACCUGCAGUGCAACAUUUCUGGAAACUUGUUGCUUCACUCCAAUGAUGCUUUGCCAAUAGUCAAGACGUUCAUGGACCAACUGAAUAAAAAGCAUCAUGGGCGGUUUAAGUUGGUACGUGUGGUUAACAUGGUGAAGCGUGUGGAUGACUUCCAGGGCAGCCGCUACCUUCUUGAACUGGAACUGAAAGAUGUGAAUGGCCAGCUGCUGCGUCUAUCACACUACAUCUAUGCUCUGGUUACCGAUAGCUGGUCCAACGGCUGGGACUCAGACUUCCAACAGUCAAAACCAAAGACUUUGCUCUGCAACCCGGUGGGCUUCCGCUGGAAUCCUGUUGCCAUGGUCCACUUCAUAGUGCCAGUAAAAAACCAGGCUAGAUGGGUGCAGCAGCUGAUUACUGACAUGGAGGAACUGUUCAAAAUAACUGGAGAUAGUAACUUCAACCUCAUAAUCACAGACUACAAAAGCACUGACAUGGAUGUGAGGAAGGCUCUUGAGAAGUCCUCACUGCCCAGGUACCAGUAUGUGAAGAUGGAUGGGAACUUUGAGCGCUCUGCUGGUCUGCAAGCAGGUAUCGACCUGAUAACUGAUGACCACAGCAUUGUGUUUCUUUGCGACCUCCACAUCCACUUCCCUCCUUCGAUCAUUGAUACCAUCAGGAUGCACUGUGUAGAGGGAUACAUGGCCUUUGCUCCCAUUGUCAUGAGGCUGGGCUGUGGUAAUACACCUUUAGAGGCCAGAGGUUACUGGGAGAUCAAUGGCUUUGGCUUGCUGGGUAUCUAUAAGUCAGAUCUUGACACAGUGGGAGGUAUGAACACCAAGGAAUUUACUGAUCGCUGGGGAGGAGAAGACUGGGAGCUUCUCGACAGAAUCCUUGAGGCAGGUCUGGAAGUGGAGAGGAUCUACUUGAGGAACUUUUUCCACCACUAUCACUCCAAACGUGGCAUGUGGAACCGGCGAAUGUCAACAAGUCCCAGGUGACCUUGUCACCUGCAUUUGCACAAUGACAUCACCACGGUUACAACCAAGGCAACGCGAGCACUUUAAAGCCGGAGGGUGAUUCCUGCUAUGUAACGGUAAUACCUGCUGACGGUUAGAGAGAGUAGCACAUGAGCCGGUGCUGUAUUUGCUCACUCAGGCUUUGGGAAGCAGGUGGCAGCGCUGAAGGUCAUUGCUUAGGAGAUACUACUGAUAUGCUCAGAGUUUAUUUCAUUGAAUAUGCUGUGGACUCCAAAGAGGGUACUGGCUACUGAGUGCCAGUGACUAUAAAAUUCAAUGUAUGAGGAUACCGCCGUGCAUAAUGUUGCUGACCAAGAUCAUGAUCUGCACUACUGGCAGGAAGAACAUUUCCUAAUCUGAAGACAAAGCUGGAUUCCAUAUAUGUAAGCUCACAAGUGUCCCUUAUUCUAAACAUCACUCUUGCACAUAGGUCUUAACUAGUGGGAGGGGGGGAUUUUAUUUUCUUUGUGUCCCAAAUUUUUUUUUUUUUACUGUAGAUUGUUUAUAUGAUAAAAACACAGCCUUACUUGUCUUGUUGUAAAUUAGAGAAAGCAUUUUAUUUAUUGAAUAAAUAUUUGUGGUGUUCUUUUUUUUCCCCUUUUAUAUUUAAUGCUAGAAAUGUUGAACUUACCUCAGUGCUCUUUCCUGUUUGUUCUCAUUAUGUUUAAGUGUCCUUACUCUGCUGUGACUCGGAGUAAUGAGAACUGUUUUACAGGCAAAUCCGAAAAAGCCUUAAACUGAAAAUAAUAAAUUAACGUCAAGGUGAUGUUUAAUUGUAGCAUUAAGUUGUUUUUAAGGAAUAAAAAAAUAAUGGCUUUAAUUUAGACAGAUUGGUUUUUGUCAAUGCACAGGCAAUUAAUGACCAUAUCAUAUCCACUGUGGAAGUACAUUUUCCAUUUUUGCCAGUUCUCCUUACACUGCCACUUACCAAAAAUAACAAAAAUAACCUUUAAUCAUAGCAUUAAGUGCUGUGUUUGAUGGUCUCUUUGCUCUACUUUUUUCAUCAAUGGAUCAUGCUUCUGCUUUCUGUGUUGGGGUUGUUUUGUUUCUUCUUCUUUUUUUUUUUGGCUCCCUGCCUUAAGUUGUCAUUUCUGACAGCAGAGAAAUUCCUCAAAAUGUGAUUAAUGAGUGAAAAUUUGUUGCAUUGUUAUGUUGUUAUUUAAUGUUGGAGUAAUGGCAACAUUUUCUCAUUAACAUUCCAUGUCAGCAAAUGAGUUGUCUUUUAGCGUAACCUUGUCAUUCAGGGCAAUGAAGACAGAAGACGAGUUGAAAGUGACAUUUAUAAUUUAUAACACUGCUAAGAGUAGUGUGUUGUGUUUGUUUUUUGGUUUUUCCUUUUACGAGCAUUGACUCUUUCUAAAUUUGUUUUGUGAGUUUGCUGGAAUAAUGGAUACUUCCCCCUUUCCUCCUUUACACUCCUUCACAUGACUUAAAGUGCUCUUGGUUCACUUUUAAAAUACCUCAGCACUGUCUUUAUGCUGGAAUAGGUUCUCCAUUAAUGUUCUGAAGCGUUUUCUCUCAGGGACAGGUUAUUCCAUGUUACACUGCCUUGACAAA